AUAACACAUAAUUAUACAAAAGCUAUAGUGAGAAGAGAAGAGAAGAGAAGAGAUCAAAAACCAAAAAAAAAGAGAGUAAACAUAAUGAUGAUGAAGGCCAGGAUCUUGUUGGGCAUGUUGUUCACACUCGUCCUAUUUUGUUUAACGAUUUCAACCACGGCAUCUCCAUCAAUACCGGCGGUUUUCGCUUUCGGGGACUCGACGGUAGACCCGGGCAACAACAAUGGCCUAACCACAAUCUUCCGAGGCAAUCACGCUCCAUACGGCCGAGAUUUCCCGGGUCGCAUUCCCUCGGGAAGAUUUUCCAAUGGCAAACUCAGUACGGACUACUUGGUCUCAAUCCUUGGCAUCAAGGAUUACUUGCCAGCCUACCUAGACGCCAGUGUGAGUGACGCAGGCUUAGCCACCGGGGUCAGCUUUGGCUCGGGGGGUUCGGGGCUUGAUGAAGCGACGGCUACAGUUAAUGGUGUUUUGAGCAUGGAGUCGCAGUUGAAUUAUUUCGAUGAAGCUAUUAGGAGAAUAGAGAUGAGUUUUGGGAAGAAUAGGAGUGAGGAGUUGGUUAAGAAUGCUUUGUUUGUUAUUAGUGUUGGUACUAAUGAUGUUGUUUUCAAUCUCUAUGGUUUCACUCCUUUUGCCUUUCAGCGUUCCGCUUCUGCUUACCAUGAUAUGCUUAUUCAAAGACUUGCUUCUUUCAUUCAGAGCUUAUAUGAUAGAGGUGCAAGAAAGUUUGGGGUGGCAGGUCUCCCACCAGUGGGGUGCUUACCAUUGCAAAUGUCAAUAGGCAGCUUUAUGCCAAGUUCACACAUGUUACAACGUUUAUGCGUUGACCAACAAAACAUUGACUCCCAAGCUUACAACUUCAAACUUCAAAAUCUCCUCUCUACCCUUCAAAACUCUUUGCCCCACUCUAAAAUGGUUUAUUUUGGAAUCUAUGACACCAUGAUGGACAUGAUCACAAACCCCUUCAAAUAUGGAUUCCAAGAAACCCUUGAAGGAUGUUGUGGAACAGGGUUGUUUGAAAUAGGUCCACUAUGUGUUGUGGGUAUGCCAACAUGUCUUGAUGCCUCCAAAUACAUCUUCUGGGAUUCCAUGCACCCAACUCAAGCUGCAUACUUGGCUAUUUCAAACCAAUAUCAACAAUUGCUUGAUCAGUACCUUAACUAAAUUCUUUCAUUUAAUACAUAUAUAUUAGAUUUAGUUUGCUAAUCGUUGAUUAUUUGAUUAGUUUAUAUGAUUCAAGUCGUUUAGAAAUAUAUUUAUAACUAUUUUUGGCUUUUACUAAAAUACUCCGUUAGAAGAGAGAGUUUUAGUUACCAAAUAUUCUUGGUAGCAGUUAGUAUAGUUAGUUACUAAAUUUUGAUAGCACACUUAUUAAGUUACCAAAUAUUCUUGGUAGCAGUUAGUAUAGUUAGUUACUAAAUUUUGAUAGCACACUUAUUUAGUUACCAAAUUUAAUUAAAGAAAUUAUGUUAUCUUGGUUGCAUAUUUAUAGUUGCAGCUUCCAAUAUUUCGAUUUGGUGCCUUUGGUACAAAUUUUCACCCUUCUGAAUUAUGUUUUAUUUUAAUUUUAUGGAUUUUUUUUUAAUGUUAUUAAAAUUUUUUUUA